GUGUAACGGCGUUUGUCUCCCCGCAGGCGCCGGGACCGUCUGCGUUUGCGGCGCUUCUUAGGAGAAGGAGGAGGCGGUCGGCGGCGAGGGGCCGCUGCCUGCCGGCCAUGUCGGGCCGGGGGAAGUCCGGCGGCAAGGCGCGGGCCAAGGCCAAGUCGCGCUCGUCGCGGGCCGGGCUGCAGUUCCCCGUGGGCCGGGUGCACCGGCUGCUGCGGAAGGGAAACUACGCGGAGCGGGUGGGCGCCGGGGCGCCGGUGUACCUGGCGGCGGUGCUGGAGUACCUCUCGGCCGAGAUCCUGGAGCUGGCGGGCCACGCCGCCCGCGACAACAAGAAGACGCGCAUCAUCCCGCGGCACCUGCAGCUGGCCAUCCGCAACGACGAGGAGCUCAACAAGCUGCUGGGCGGCGUGACCAUCGCCCAGGGCGGCGUCCUGCCCAACAUCCAGGCCGUGCUGCUGCCCAAGAAGACGCAGAGCUCCAAGAAGUGAGCGCUGCCCCCCUCCCUACCCUUUACCCUCUCCCCGACCCCCUCCUCACCGUCGCCCCGCCUCCCCUCACGAUAAUGGGGCUGGGGUUCCCCUUCCUGCCCCCCAGCCCGGGCUUGGUGAGCCCUGGUGGCACCCCACCAGUCCUCCACUAGCCCCCCAGCCUGGGCUGUGGUGGGGUGCUGGGGGAGCAUGGGUGAGGUCAGGCCCUGCUUGUGCCCCCACCCUGCCCCUCUUCCUUCUGGAAGAAGUGUUUUUGGAGGAGGCGGCUGGAUCGCUGCUGUCAGCAGUGGUGGCAUUCAGAGCUGUGUGGUCGGGUGACAGUGCAGAGCUGCUGGUGGCUGCUGAGGGUUGUUUUGGCUGGUGUGGGGAUGGACACAGGCACCCCCGGCCACCUCUGCUCUCUGCCAGCCUUGGGGUGGUGCAGGGCCCCCCUACCCCAGGCUGGCCCCGCUCACCCUGGAUUAGGAUGAGACUUGCUGCUGAUGUGCCCCCUCCCAGCGAUGCCAUCCCAGCUGCACUGCAGCGGGGAGGGCAGGGGGCUGGAAAAAUGUGAAAAAGAAGGGAAAGUUUCUCCAUUGGCAAGAAGUGACUGUUAGUUUUAGUUUUGUUAAUGGUAAAGCUAGUGCAUUGCCUACUGUAAAGAAGCUCUAGUCUUAUUUAUUUUAAGGUCUCUUAUUUUGGGGUACCUCCCUGCAAAGUCACCUUCCCACGGUUCCCUGACUCGGCGGGCGCUGGGGGAUUUGGUGGUCCCACAUGCUGUGGGUCCUGCUGGUGGGGUGGGGUGGAGGCUGCAGUGACAAAUCCCCUCGGAGAGCGUCGCAAGGUCAGGCGCCCGCCGGGAGUGGGAGCUGCCAUCUUCUGCGUGGCUCUCCCUUCCUCUCCCGGCUGCAGAAGCCCUUCGUCUUGCUGAGAGCUACCCUGUACCCUCGUUGCACUUCUUCAAUGACAUGCCGUGUCUCUUUUUUUUGUUGUUGGUUGUUGUUGCUGUUGUUUGUUUGUUCAACACUAUUUCUGGCUCUGAGAAAUAAAAGUGAUGAUGAUAUCUGUUAACUGUUAACCCUCUAUGGAUUAGUAUUUCUUUUUUUAAAAAGGAACCCUAGAGUUUGUAUUAAACCCCACUCCUGGCUAGUUCUGUAUUUAUUUAAUGGCUGCGUGGAUAAGGUGGGAGCGUGGGGGCAGGGUAGUUGUCCCGUGACACCCGGAGUCGCUGAUGCAGAGACAGCUUUCCUCGCUGCCCAGAGCAGCCUGCUUCUGUGGAGGCCCAUAGUUGUGUGCAUGCGGCAGUGUCUAGGCAAUGGGACCUUAGACCUUCAUGACAUGUUUUUUUGUUGGUUUUUUUUAAGUUAAAAAAGGAAAAAACAAUAAAUGAGCAACUUCUGUUUAUGUGCUGUAAGUAGCAUGUGUUCAACCUAUUGAAUCAGCUGUUAAACCUUGUGGAUGAAGUAACUUGCCUGGCUCUGAGUUUAUUAUUAUCUAGAGUAGAUGAACCUGGAUGCUCCUCAACCGGUUUUAUAGAAGGGGGUUUUUCACUGCGUUGUGGAAGGUGGAAGCGGUGUGUUCGUUAGUGUUGUGUUAAUUGGGGGGGGAGCAGACAUGUCCCACAGUUAUGCUGGGGUACCCUGACUUCAGUGGGUGGGGGGCACCUGGCCACAGCCCCCCUGGGCUGUCUCCAACUCCUGUAAAGUGACUGUUGGUGAGGUGGGGGUGAGGGGUUUCCUCUCCGUGCCCUGCGAGGUGGUCGACAUCUCUGUAUGGGAGUGUCUCCUUCUCUCCCUCUUGUCUUCUCCAGGACUCGGUGUUCUGUACAACCCGAGAGUGCUUUGUAUUUCUUAGAAAAAUGCAGAACUUGUGAUACUGAAAAGAAUGGUGCAAACCAAUAUCUGAUUAAACUGGUUCCCUGUCGAA